AUGGAAUACCCUGCCAAUAAACAAAUAAUUUUCGGACCUGAUUGGGACCUCAAUCGCUGGACCACCUCUGAUGACCGCGUCCGUGGUGGAUCGUCUGUGUCAAAUCUUGAGCCUACGGCGUUAGGGGUACUUUUCCACGGCAAUCUCGACAUCGAGACACUUGGUGGUGCCGGUUUUGCCUCACAGCGCACGGUCGGAAACGAACAAAUAUGGGACCUCACCGGAUACGACGGUAUUGGGCUACACAUUGUUCCCUUAGACGGAAAUCGAUACACCUUCUCCCUCACAGACGAAAUCCCACAACACAGGCCAGAUGGUCGUGAACAAAGUGCUCUUGUCUGGGAAUAUGAUUUUUGCGCUAGUGAGACAGGGCGCGAAGUGCGUCUGUCAUGGAAGGAUCUGAAGCCGACAUAUCGGGGGAAGCCAGUAGAUGAUGCCAGGCCAUUGGACUUGUCGCACGUAAGGAGGUUUCGGAUCAUGAUUCGGAGUUUCUUUGGGGCACAGCAAGGCGACUUCAGCCUAAACAUUCAAUCCAUCGGAGCGUUCCGCGAGACCUACCUUGAUAACCCUAGUGUCACGAAGGAGUCUAUUGGCCGUGGUGACGAGCAAGCGGAAACAAAGAAAACUCAGGAGAAGAAAAGCUGGCCUCCGAAUUGUUGCCCAUCCUGA